AUGGAUAAACACGUUUUGAGAAAUAUUUUUGAAAAUAUAAUGAAAGAGCGAUGUAGUCACAACGAAUGGAAAAAUAAUUGCUUGAAAACAAAAGAAUUGUUUACAGGACUUUCGAGUAACAAUACAAAUUUUUUUGGAGAAUUUAUUGAAAAUUAUAUGAAUAAUAAAAAUAAGGAUGCCGAAAAUAUCAGCAAACAAAAUUUCAAUCUAUAUAAACCAACCGGCUUCGUUUGGAAAAAAAAUGACCCGAAUAAUAGCUUUAGUGCAUUCAAUUUAUUCAAACAAAGAGAAGAUUAUUGGCAUGGCAAACAAAGAGUUGUUGAAAAAAGGUUGAAAAAACUUGAAAAAAUUAUAAAAUCUAGUCCAAGCAUAAGUCUAAAACAGUCUGACAAAAAUUCAAAACGCCAUAAAAUUAAAAAAGCUGAAAGUGAUAGCCCAAAUUUAGAACUCAAAAACCUGUACGCAAAAAAAUCCGGAAAGAAAAAACGUAAAAGAAGGACAAGUUCACGACAGAAGGUUGACCUCAACAAAUCAAGGAACGAAAGAUCCCAAAGUAGGGAAAACAAAUCGGACAGAUUCGAAUCAAGUACUCAAACAUCUCCUAAAGGUAUGUCAAAAAAAUGGCACAGCACGUUGAAAGUGCGCGAGUGGUGUGUCUCAUCAAAAUUCGAUGCCAGCAAGUUAUCCGCUUCAUCCUACAUGAAGGCUGUUGAUCAGAUAUUUAACGACAAAAAUGAACAGAGAAAGAUGUUCGUCCCCUACCAGCAUCCGCCAAGACCGCCCGUCGAAAAGUUUGAUGACAGUGUCAAUUUCGCGAGAAGGUUGAACGCUGGAAAAGGAUAA